UAUAUAUAUAUAUAUAUACAUAUACAUAUAUAGACAUAUACAUAUAUUUAUAUAGUAUAUACAUAUAUAGCUGCCGUACGAAUUCGUACGGUUUGACCAGUGUUCGGGACCGGGACCUACGGUGCCGGUGUUUCUCGACGGAACCGAAGAAUCGACGGGCCUCAGGUGAAGAAAGAAGCAUUGAAACUACAGUGUGAAUGAACGUGGACAACCAUUGAACAGAUAAGAUUAGUGACAUACUAAUACAAAAACAACCAUGGAGGACGGCCAUUGCAAAAGCGUGGAAGAGGUAGUAGGUUACUUCGGCGUCGAUCAGGACAAAGGAUUGUCUGGUGACCAGGUCAAGAGUAACCAGGAGAAAUAUGGUCUGAACGAGCUGCCAGCCGAAGAGGGUAAAUCCAUAUGGCAGCUCGUCUUGGAACAGUUCGACGACCUUCUAGUUAAGAUUCUUCUAUUAGCCGCUAUUAUUUCUUUUGUAUUAGCUUUAUUUGAAGAGCACGAAGAUGCUUUCACUGCCUUCGUCGAGCCCUUCGUCAUUUUGCUCAUUCUUAUCGCCAACGCCGUGGUCGGUGUUUGGCAGGAACGUAACGCCGAGUCUGCGAUCGAAGCGUUGAAGGAGUACGAGCCCGAGAUGGGCAAAGUUUUACGAAAGGACAAGUCCGGUGUCCAAAGAAUUCGAGCCAAAGAGAUCGUGCCCGGGGACAUUGUCGAGGUGUCCGUCGGUGACAAGAUCCCAGCCGAUAUUCGUCUCACCAAGAUCUUCUCCACCACCCUCAGGAUCGAUCAGUCUAUCCUGACCGGUGAAUCGAUCUCGGUUAUCAAGCACACCGAUCCUGUUCCCGACCCGCGUGCUGUCAACCAGGACAAGAAAAAUAUCCUGUUCUCCGGUACCAACGUAGCCGCAGGUAAAGCUCGCGGUGUUGUCAUUGGAACCGGCUUGAACACUGCUAUUGGUAAGAUUCGUACCGAGAUGUCGGAAACAGAGGAGAUCAAGACACCCCUGCAGCAGAAGCUGGACGAGUUCGGUGAACAAUUGUCGAAAGUUAUUUCCGUAAUUUGCGUCGCUGUCUGGGCCAUCAACAUCGGGCAUUUCAACGAUCCUGCUCAUGGCGGAUCUUGGAUCAAGGGAGCUAUUUACUACUUCAAGAUCGCCGUUGCUCUUGCCGUGGCCGCUAUUCCCGAGGGUUUGCCGGCCGUAAUCACGACCUGCUUGGCUUUAGGUACCCGUCGUAUGGCCAAGAAGAACGCCAUCGUCCGUUCGUUGCCGUCUGUCGAAACCCUUGGUUGCACGUCUGUCAUUUGCUCGGACAAGACUGGCACCCUGACCACUAACCAGAUGUCUGUUAGCCGAAUGUUCAUUUUCGAGAAGAUCGAGGGUAACGACAGCAGCUUCCACGAAUUCGAGAUCAGCGGCUCGACUUACGAGCCCAUCGGCGAGACGUUCUUGAGGGGGAAGAAAAUCAAGGGAGAGGACUUCGAGACGCUCCACGAAGUUGGUACGAUUUGCAUCAUGUGCAACGACUCUGCCAUCGACUUCAACGAGUUCAAACAGGCGUUCGAGAAAGUCGGAGAGGCUACCGAAACCGCUCUCAUUGUUCUGGCCGAGAAGAUCAACCCGUUCGGCGUUUCGAAGAUUGGACUGGACAGACGUAACUCUGCCAUCGUUUGCAGACAAGAUAUGGAGACCAAAUGGAAGAAAGAGUUCACUUUGGAGUUCUCUCGCGAUCGCAAAUCUAUGUCGUCUUACUGCGUCCCUCUGAAACCCAGCAAGCUGGGCACUGGACCGAAACUGUUCGUCAAGGGCGCCCCCGAAGGUGUCUUGGACAGGUGCACGCACGCUCGCGUCGGCUCUACCAAGGUUCCUUUGACCUCCACCCUGAAGAAUCGCAUCUUGGACUUGACUCGCCAGUAUGGUACCGGCCGAGACACGCUCAGAUGCCUUGCCCUCGCUACCGCUGAUCAUCCCAUGAAACCCGAUGACAUGGACCUUGACGAUUCCACUAAAUUCUACACGUACGAGAAGGACCUCACCUUCGUCGGUGUUGUCGGCAUGCUUGACCCGCCUCGCAAGGAAGUAUUCGACUCUAUCAUGAGGUGUCGCGCCGCUGGUAUCCGCGUUAUCGUCAUCACCGGAGACAACAAAGCCACUGCUGAAGCUAUCUGCCGACGUAUCGGUGUCUUCGAGGAAGACGAGGACACAACCGGAAAGUCCUACUCCGGUCGUGAAUUCGACGAUCUUUCUUCGUCCGAACAGAAGUCUGCUUGCGCCAGGGCUCGUCUCUUCUCUCGUGUUGAACCUGCUCACAAAUCGAAGAUCGUUGAGUACUUGCAGAGCAUGAACGAAAUCUCGGCUAUGACUGGCGAUGGUGUAAACGAUGCCCCAGCCUUGAAAAAAGCUGAAAUUGGUAUCGCCAUGGGAUCUGGAACCGCUGUGGCGAAAUCUGCCUCUGAGAUGGUGUUGGCAGACGACAACUUCUCUUCCAUCGUCGCUGCCGUUGAGGAAGGCCGUGCUAUUUACAACAACAUGAAACAGUUCAUUCGUUACCUUAUCUCUUCCAAUAUUGGUGAAGUCGUGAGUAUAUUCUUGACUGCCGCUCUUGGUCUUCCCGAAGCAUUGAUCCCGGUACAACUUCUGUGGGUCAACUUGGUUACUGACGGUCUUCCAGCUACUGCUCUUGGUUUCAAUCCUCCCGACUUGGACAUCAUGAGCAAGCCUCCCCGUAAAGCCGACGAAUCCCUUAUCUCGGGCUGGCUGUUCUUCCGCUAUCUGGCUAUUGGCGGAUACGUAGGUGCUGCUACCGUUGGAUCAGCCGCGUGGUGGUUCUUGUACAGUCCAAAUGGCCCACAGAUGAAUUACUACCAACUGACUCAUCACUUGGCGUGUUUGGGUGGUGGGGAAGAAUUCAAGGGCGUUAACUGCAAGAUCUUCACGGAUCCUCACCCCAUGACGAUGGCUCUGUCUGUACUUGUAACCAUUGAAAUGUUGAACGCGAUGAACAGUUUAUCUGAGAAUCAAUCUCUCAUCACUAUGCCGCCCUGGUCUAACAUGUGGCUCAUUGCCUCUAUGGCUCUUUCUUUCACACUCCACUUUGUCAUCCUUUACAUCGACGUACUUUCGUCUGUAUUCCAAGUUACCCCCCUAACGACAGAAGAGUGGCUUACCGUUAUGAAGUUCUCCAUCCCAGUGGUACUUCUCGAUGAAACCCUGAAAUUCAUUGCCAGAAAGAUUACAGAUGUGGCACCGCCAGUGACGCCGCCGCCGAAAUAAAGAUCCGAGACGCGUAGGACGAAUCGACACCUGUCCGGACACGAGAAAAUCGUCAAAGGCACUUAACACCCACCCGCAACAACCCGCAAGCUGCUCGAUGGGAUCAAACGACAGAAAAGAAACAAAAGUCACAGAAAUACUAUAUCGACACUCGAAUAAACACACGUACACACAAGUAUCAGAACCAAUAACAGACAACCAAAAAAUACAAAAAACAAGAAAAAAAAGAAGCUAAAAAACUUAGUAGAGUAUAACCAGAGAAAUCGAUACUCGAAAAUGUCGGGGGAAGCACGUAAUGUCAGAUAUUUUUCAUCGUGGAUCUAUUGCGUUGCCUCGGAAGGGUAGUUCAGAGGGAUGUUAAACAAAGAGUAGAAGAACCAAAAAGAAAAGAAAACAAAAAUACAAAUAAACGAACGAACAAACACGGAAGAACAUUUUGGUGCAGAGAAUAAAUAAGAACGUUCCGAUGCGAGAACGGUCCGGUUUUCUCGGACCGUGACCGUGCCCGGAACGCGAGGAGUGGGACGCUCUCGGACGGCCCGGAAAAAAAAAACACGACGCGUCCAAUCGGAGGGGCUCGCUGUUUCGCCCGCAGUAGUUCCACCCCGGCAGUACCACUAAUGGCUGUAUCUCUGUGUUAUGUUGCAGUAAAUGAGACGGUCGUCGACGAGUGGGCCCCACUAGGCUCGUCUCACUGUGCCGCCGGCUACACAGAGUUCCUCUGCCAAGCACAAAAAAUACAUUCAGAUCAGACACGCGCAAGCUCGGCCCGAAAAAGACAGAGACGAACAAGCGGGGACUUAGCUCGCGCGACUGCGCCCGAGAACAGCAACAGGCUCUCGAUACAAACGUUUAGUCGACUGCGAAACAAAAGGGAGAACCGUAGGGCCCCAUUUCCCGCUGGCCGCGCGCUGCACCGCCCGCUGCUGCUGCUUUCGUUUAACUUCAACUGAUCGACCGCCGCGACAGAACAGAACAGAAUCUCUAUUUAUUAUCGUGUAGUAUAUCGUGUCGUCGGUUACGAGAGAGAGAGAGAGGGAGAGAGAGCGAAUUAAAAAGACGGGAUCGGAAACGAGAAUACCACCGGUCGACGCCAGACACCCACGGCUUUUGAGAAUUCUUCGUCGCGCGCUCUUGCUCCGAACGCGACGCGUUUCAUUUCGUUUAUCUUUCCCGACGAUCCGUUUGUCGCGACAGAUCGCGAGCCGCAGAAGCAAGUAGACGCCACCCUCGAUACCCCUCUAACUGUGAUAGACGCAUAGAACACUUUUAACGCUAACGGUAACGCUUUUCUCUGUCUCUUCAGCUCCCGAUAAAGGGGAUCGACGCCGCGUCGAGGCCAGCCUUGUCGUCAAUACGAAAGAGAGCUCCCGUUUCACUAGUAUCUAGUGUACCUAUUUAUCUCGUUAUUCUGAUUCUCUCGGACGCGCUUCCGCGCUCCCUCACUUUUCUCUAUCUCUCUCUUUAUCUUUCUCACCGUCUAUUCUACGUCCUAGACUAACUCGACUUCCACCCCGCCCGGAAUCUUAAUCGUAACGACCCGCAGCAAGGUCCGCUCCGACGCUUCGCCGAGGACGCUGCUUCGCCCGCCGACCUUCCUUCGUUCUCGAUCGCCUGCGGAAACGGGGGUGGACCCCGACCAAUGCGACCGAUCGACGGUUUCACUCUUUCGAAGUCGGAGGAUGGACGCUUCGCCGGCAAAACCGGGAAAGACGAGACGAGGUGGACGGCGCGCAGCGCGUACGAGCGAGCACGCAGCGGGAAACACGGUUUUUGCGCGCAGUCGAAGCGCGAGCACGAAGGGGACACAGGCAACAACCGCGUCGACGAAGGGAACGCUGGACGAGAGUCAACUGCGGGAGCGAAGCGGAGAGCAGCGGACGAGAGGAAGCGACGCUCCGUUCGCCAUUUGGUUCGAGUGGUAUACUUUUUAGGAUGAAAUCGAAGAAACUGUAAUUCUGUUCGGUGACGUAACUUUCACGGGGGCUUCGGCGAGCGUCGCCAAUGCGACGGGGUCUCGAAUACCGAAGCGGAAGCCUCCCCCCGCGGUCAGGGCGCGCGAAACUUACGCCACUGGGAGAGAUAUCGAGAUCGAGCUCGCGAUUAUAAGAUUUAACAUUGUACAUAAUACGUAACACGCGCGAUGUUUAAAGAGUAAAAUUACUACUACUACUAUUAUUAUUAUUACUAUAUAUAUAUAUUUUAAGAAGACAUUAAAUAUAUAUAUAUAUAUAUAUAUACAUACAUAUUUUUUUUCGUAAAGAAAGCGCACAGACGGGAGGACGCGCGACGCGCGUCCUUCGAGAUCGGACCUCAAGCGAGAAGGAUUUGAAUUGCCUGGAUCUAGUUUUUUUUUGAACACGAUUUUUGCUUCGAGUCCCUUUUACUUUAAUCGCCGAUUAUGUCCUCCUAGCAGCGCAUGGGUGGACUUAGCCGCCUGAAGACGUUCUGAUUGUUACAUAGGGAGAGAAACUCGACGACGUUGACGAUAUUCCCUUUCCGAGAUACUUCCUCCGACCCGUAGCCAAGACUGAUGAGAGACGCCGUGCUGGCCAGACCCGACGUUAUUUCAAAUAACGCGGCGAAAUUCGCGCGGUGAACUGCCAACCGAAAUGCUCCGUCGAAGCGUAUCGUUUUUUUAGAGGAUAGAAGGAUCGAAGAAGGGUGUUUUGUCAAAAAGAGGUGUGAAAAUUUUCGCGCGGCUUUUCGCGUUGCUUUCGUCGAACAACGCUCGGGUCUGGCACCGGUCGGAUCACGAUUUCGAGAACAGAGCUGGCCGAUUCGCGAGUCUCGCAUCGUCUGCCCCCUAUAUUUUUUUAUGUUCCGAUGACACGAACCUAUUGUUUCACGGACAACUGUAACAAACGGAAGCUAAAUGAACGAGAGUGAUCGCUGCGACGAAAUCUGGCCGAGUCCUCUCUCUCUCGACCGGGGUGUUCGUAACGAAAAGAGAAUCCUUGUCGGGGAAAAUCGAGGGAAAAUCGGCGCGACAUUGUCGCGUGUUUCUACUCUGUCAACGUUUCAGUGAUUCUGCGAGCAUUAAUCCUUGUCAUACCUGAUCGACGGGUUGCACGUGGACCUUCAGUGACGUUCGUAACAGCAAAACGAAGAAGAGAAUACUUUAUUGUUCAGUAAUUAUAAAUGUAAGAUAAAGAAUACAUUUAAUCUGUUUUAUUUUUCAUAUAUAUUCCCCACUUUGUUCUCUCGCGGAAACGACCCUGCUCGAUGCGACUAGAGUUUAGCGACUCGAUAAUUUAACGAUGUUCCUGUAACAGAAAGACAAUAGAAAGCUCCUUCGUACGUUUUAAUAAAUUCAAAUGAAAGCAAGAAACGGAAUUGACUUACCAGAUACCAUAGAGCGACGAUUCCGAAGCGUCUUAGGGAUCGCUUUUUUGUUACGAACCCCUCGAGUCUCUGUCUACACUCUCUUGUCUCCAUUUCUCUCUCUCUCUCUCUCUCUCUCUCUCUCUCUCUCUCUCUCUCUGUCUGUCUAUCUCUAUCUCUCUGUCUCUAUCUCUCUCCGUGUCUUCUUCUCGUCGUCGUUUUUUCUCAUUAUCAAUUUUAAAGUAAGAUCAUUUCUUCUAAUUAGCAACUAGAGACUUACGUGUAGAGUUUACGAUCGUCGAAGGAGAAUGUAUCGCGCAUGCACCGGUCGUCGGGUCGAGUCUCGCGGGUUCGACCGGUCGCGUGUUUUACUCGUCAAUUUUCACGUUAAACAAGUAAGCUUAAGCACAUCGUUAACCGCGACGAUCCUCUCUCAUCGAACGACCGAACCGGAAGCACGAGGUGUUCGCCCAAGUUUUUGUAUAGGCAACUCGGAUCCCAUGGACGAAAAAUCGGCCGGCGCCGUGUACCGCUCGGCGUCCGACCGGUCAUCCGGUCCUCUUGUCGAGAAGUUAUCUCUUAAGUAGUGUAUGUUAUUCUCUCGUGUAUCGUUUUCUUUUUUUCGUUUUCUCUUUUGUAUGAAGAUUGAAUGGCUGUGCGGACGCUCCAAUCGUUCUCGCUCGAAUCGUCCAAAACAAUUCGAGGGAAAGUAUCGAAGAACAAGUAUCAUUGUUUUCUUCUGACACAACAGCGACAAACCUUGCGUUAUUUUUAAUGUUGUACACGUGAACAGCUCUGUACGAAUAAAGGUUUGAAAAUGACGGAA